AUGAAAGAGGCAAUGGUGGUCAAGGCCACAGACUUUGCUGGACGACCCCAAGACCUUUUUAUCAAUGAUCUAACUCAGAGUAAAGGGAUGAUUCUGGCCGAUUACGGCUCCUUUUGGAGGGACCAUCGUCGUUUUGCACUGAAAACUCUGAAAAACUUUGGUCUAGGAAAGAAAUCCAUGGAAGAGAGAAUCCACGAAGAGACCAAAUUCAUCAUAAAAACGCUUGACAAAAGCAUUGGAAAAACGCUGAGUCCUCAGGUGAUGUUUCACUUCGCAGCCUCCAACAUCAUCUGUAAGGUUCUGUUUGGGAUCCGUUAUGAGUACGAUGACGAGACAAUCAAAAUGAUUCUGAGACAGUCUUAUGGAUAUGUCUACAGUCUGUUCAUUGGGUCCAAACCUGCUGUGGUCAUCAAUGGAUUCAAGACCAUGAAAGAGGCAAUGGCGGUCAAGGCCAUAGACUUUGCUGGACGACCCCAAGACCUUUUUAUCAACGACCUAACGCAGAGUAAAGGGAUGAUUCUGGCCGAUUACGGCUCCUUUUGGAGGGACCAUCGUCGUUUCGUGCUGAAGACUCUGAAAAACUUUGGUCUGGGAAAGAAAUCCAUGGAAGAGAGAAUCCAUGAAGAGAUCAAAUUCACCAUUAAAACCCUGGAAAAAAGCAUUGGAAAAACGCUGAGUCCUCAGGUGAUGUUUCACUUAGCAGCCUCCAACAUCAUCUGUAAGGUUCUGUUUGGGACUCGUUAUGAGUACGAUGACAAGACGAUCAAAAAUAUUGUUCAGUGCAUCAGGAAACUGAAUCAAAGUACAGGAGCUGAGAGCUGA